AGGGCACCCUUACAAACAUGUCAACAGGUUUCGACAGACAUAGAAAACCUUCCUACUAUUAUUCUGUCCACAGCAACAAAUCAGGAAAGUAUUCUAUAAAAUCUUCAUGUUGUCCUCCUUUCUAAAAUCAGCCUCAAAUAAAAAGUUAACGAGCCUUCUAACUUUGAUUCCUCAUAAUAAUUUUUUACUCUUUCAAUCCGUUUUCUUGUCCAUCUCUUGUAGCUCUCUCGCUCGCUCACUCACUCACCUAACACAACCAUGGGAGCCUGUGCGAGCAGACCUAAGGAUUUGGACAGGGACUUGGCCCGUGCCCCUGUUCCCGUUGAGGCACCUGCCACCCCCAAGGGUGACGCUGUUCCUCAGGAGAAAAAGGAUGGAGAGGAAACAAAGAAGGAAGAACCUUUGAUUGAUGUAUCAGAACCAGCAGCAGCUGAGGCUCCAGUAACCACAGAAACAAAGGCUGUUGCUGAAGCAGAAGGAGGCAAAAAGGAGGAAACAACAGCCAAACCAGCAGAGGAAGUCAAAGUUGAGGCUGUGAAAGAAGAGCCCAAAGUGCAGCAGCCAGCUGAGGAAAAAAAAGAGGCUGAAACUAUUGCCCAGUAAAUAUUAUACUAUCAUAUGAAGUAAAUAAAGUGUUCAUCUCUUUGGUAAUCAAUGUAUAAAUAAAUUAUGGGCUUAAUAUUUAUUUUCAGUCAUAUGUUUAGCUAGUACAUGAUUGAUUUGUUGAGGCUCCUCUACUUUGUUUAACAUCAAUAGUAAAAAGUUUCUUGUAUUUAUGUUC